AUGAAUAACAGGACAGAAGUGACACAAUUCCUCCUGAUAGGACUCACCGACAACCCAGACUUGCAGUUUCCCCUCUUCAUCACCUUUCUCCUCAUCUACAUUAUCACCCUGGUGGGGAACCUUGGGAUCAUCCUGUUGAUUGUUCUGGACUCUAGGCUCCACAGUCCCAUGUACAUUUUCCUUGGUAAUCUAUCACUGGUGGACUUUUGUUAUUCUUCAGCUGUUACUCCAACAGUGAUGUCUGGGCUUCUUAUUGGUAACAGUGUCAUGUCCUACAAUGACUGUGCUACUCAGAUGUUCUGUUUCACUACUUUUGCCAGUGUAGAAAAUUACCUGUUAGCCUCAAUGGCAUAUGAUCGCUAUGCAGCAGUGUGUAAGCCUCUACACUAUACCACCACCAUGACUAUGGGUGUGUGUAUCUGGCUAGUCAUAGGCUGCUAUGGUAUAGGCUUUCUAAAUGCUUCCAUCUAUACUGGAGAUGCAUUCAGUCUAUCUUUCUGUGAGUCCAAUGUGGUCCAUCAUUUCUUUUGUGAUAUUCCUGCAGUCAUGGUUCUCUCUUGUUCUGAUAGGCAUAUUAAUGAGAUGAUUCUGGUUUAUGUAGUAAGUUUCAAUAUAUUUUUUGCUAUCAUAGUCAUAUGGAUAUCUUACAUAUUCAUUUUUAUUACUAUCCUAAGAAUGCACACAACUGCUGGAUAUCGGAAGGCUGUUUCUACCUGUGCCUCCCACUUCACUGCAGUAUCCAUUUUCUAUGGAACUGUCAUCUUCAUGUAUUUGCAACCCAGCUCCAGUCAUUCCAUGGACAAAGAUAAAAUUGCAUCUGUGUUCUACACUGUGGUAAUCCCCAUGUUGAACCCUAUGGUCUAUAGUCUGAGGAACAAGGAAGUCAAGAGUGCAUUAUUAAAGUUAAAA